CUCUGUCAUAGAGAACCGGACGUGCUGCUGCUUCUUCGCCGUCCACCACCGUCAUUAUGGCGAUUCAAAAGAAGCAUGGCAAGGGCCGUUUGGACAAGUGGUACAAGCUUGCCAAGGAAAAGGGCUAUCGCGCCCGUGCUGCUUUCAAGCUCAUCCAGCUGAACAAGAAGUAUGGCUUCUUGGAGAAGAGCAAGGUUCUUUUGGACCUCUGCGCCGCCCCUGGCUCGUGGUGUCAGGUAGCCGCGGAGGUCAUGCCGGUCAACAGUCUGAUCGUUGGUGUCGAUCUCGCACCGAUCAAGCCGAUACCCAGAGUCAUCACAUUUCAGAGCGACAUCACAACCGAGAAAUGCCGUGCCACUAUUCGACAACACUUCAAGACUUGGAAGGCCGACACGGUUCUGCACGACGGGGCGCCCAAUGUUGGUACGGCCUGGGCGCAGGACUCGUUCAACCAGGCCGAGCUGGCUCUCCAGGCCAUGAAAUUGGCAACGGAAUUCCUCGUUGAAGGGGGUACUUUCGUCACCAAGGUGUUCCGUUCCAAGGACUACAACCCCCUUCUUUGGGUUCUGAACCAGCUCUUCACCAAGGUCGAAGCCACCAAACCCCCUUCGUCCCGAAAUGUGUCUGCCGAAAUCUUCGUCGUCUGCCGUGGGUACAAAGCCCCAAAGAAAAUGGACCCCCGCUUCUUAGAUCCCAAGUCUGUCUUCGCAGAACUCGCCGGUGCGACACCGAAUAACGAAGCCAAAGUUUACAAUCCCGAGGUCAAGAAGCGCAAGCGUGAGGGUUAUGAGGAAGGCGAUUACACGCAGUUCAAGGAAGUCCCGGCGAGCGAAUUCAUCCAAACGACAGAUCCGAUUGCCAUCCUGGGAAGCUCUAACAAACUCACCUUUGAGCAACCGAGGAAUGGGGACGUCGCCUUGGCUGCACUGGACAAACUUCCCGAGACCACUGCUGAGAUCAGGACAUGCUGUGCAGAUCUCAAGGUUCUGGGCCGUAAGGAUUUCAAGCUGCUGCUGAAAUGGAGGCUCAGAGUCCGAGAGAUCUUUGGCUUCAAGACGAAAACAUCCACCGACGACGCCGACAAGGAGGAGACAGAGGAGGUUGCCGAAGUGGGCUCCAUGGACGAGGAGCUUCGCAUACAGGAAGAACUUCAGGCGCUGAAAGACAAGGACAGUAGUAAGAAGAAGCGCGAAAAGCGGAAAGAAAACGAGCGCAAGCAACGGGAGAUCGUUCGCAUGCAACUCAACAUGGUUGCGCCAAUGGACAUUGGAAUGGAGGAAGCGGGUCCGAUCGGCGAAGGCUCCAUGUUUUCGCUCAAGAAAGUCGACAAGACGGACGCAAUGCGGAGACUGGCCCGAGGCAAAAUGACCAAGGUUGGCGACGACGCCAAAAAGGUCGAGGACAACGGACACGCCCAGGCAAAUAACGAGGAUGAAGAGACCGAUGAAGAGGAGGAUCGACUCGAACGGGAGCUUGACUCCAUGUAUGACAACUAUCGUGAACGCAAGGCCGAAGCCGAUGCGAAGUAUCGGGCAAAGAAAGCCAGGAAGGAACAUGGCGACGAUGAAUGGGAAGGUCUCUCUGGCAGCGAGAAGGAUGAGAAAAGCGAAUCAAGCGACCUUGACGAGGAAGACUCAUCGGAUGACGACGAUGAAGGGUUAUCCGACAAAGGUUUGCUGAGGGAUUUGGACGACACCGAGCCGUCUGAGAGCGGCUUGUCCAAGCGGGCCGCAGCGUUUUUCAAUCAAGAUGUCUUCAAGGGGAUCACUCUCCCCGGCUUGAAAGAGAGCAAGGCUGAGAGGAAUUCUCUUGCAAACCCUCCGGAAUCCCGGACGACCCUGAGCAAGGCGACAGAUAUUGUGCCGGCCGCACAAGCGGCUGCAGUCGAGCCAGAGUUCGAGUCCGAGUCCGACAACGAGAGCAAGCCUUUCGAGACGGUGAAAGCUGGAGACGAGGACUGGGAAGACGAGACAAAUCGGCGACCAGACGGGAAGUUGGGUGAGUGCAAAGCCAUUUACAGGACCCUUGCGCCUUUCAUCGUCGGCACCCUAGGGAGAGCAGAUACUGACCGUCUUUGCGUAGAUAUCGACAUCAUUACUGCCGAGGCCAUGACCCUCGCACACCAGCUUGCCACGGGGCAAAAGACCAGCCAUGACGCCGUGGAUGACGGUUUCAAUAAAUGGGCUUUCCGUGAUCGCGACGGACUGCCAGAGUGGUUCAUUGAUGAGGAGUCGAAGCACGACAAACCUAUGAAGCCCAUCACCAAGGCCGCCGCACAAGCAAUCAAGGAAAAGAUGCGGGCGUUCAACGCGCGGCCCAUCAAGAAGGUGCGGGAGGCGAAGGCACGCAAGAAGUUCAAGGCUGCGCAGAAGCUGGAGAAGCUGAAGAAGAAGUCGGACAUGCUCGCAAACGAUGAGGGUAUGACAGAGAAGGAGAAGGCGGAGAGCAUAGCCAAGCUGCUGAGCAAGGCUGCACGCAAGAAGCCAUCGCAGCCUGCGAAGCUGGUCGUGGCAAAGGGCUUGAACAGGGGUAUUCAAGGCCGGCCAAAGGGCAUCAAGGGCCGAUACCGCAUGGUUGAUCCGAGGAUGAAGAAGGAGCUGAGGGCCCAAAAGAGGGUAUCACAGCGCAAGAAGAGGUGAUGAGUUGGAUGCAAAGGCUGAAGAUCCAUUCGCAUUAUAGCUACGAAUACUUUGGGAUAGAUCAGAUAUGUGAUGAGCUGUAUGGUAGUCAUCACCAUCGUAGCGUAAUUGUACUUGGCGGGAUGCAGGUUACCUGUCGUCCGCUCGCCCAAGGUUCCGCAGCAAC